AUGACCUCUACCAUUGAGGACAGACUCAUUACCCACGCCUCGGUUGGAGAUCUGAGCCAGCUGGAGACUAUUCUUUCGGAGGAUGAGGAGUCUCUAUCUGAUAAGGCUGUGCAAGAACUUCUCGCAACGGCAGCAAGAGGAUCGCAUCUCGAUGUGCACUACUGGCGCGAGAGCCUACAGCAAUCAACAUGCCCUUCGACCAUUACGGCUCGCCCCAACCCGGAUGCAGCUACAUACCCUCUAGCCAUAACCGCUGCACUUUACAAAGACCCCGCCGUGAUCGACAUACUGCUGCAACAUGGCGCAAGGCUCGAGCGCUCAGGCGCUUUAGGAGCUGCUGCUCGACUGGGAAAUAAACUUAUGAUGGGUCGUUUGCUGGAGCGCGGGGCACGACCUGAGACUGAUUCUAUUCGCCCAUCAGAGCAUGGGUCGCCUCUCCAUACUGCUGUUGAAGCUGGACAUGUCGGUGUCACAAGGAUGCUUUUAGAGCAUGGAGCGGAUCCUAAAGCCUUGGACGGGAAGGGCAUGACGCCUGUUAAUAUCGCUAGGAAGAUGCAGGAGAAAGGCAAGGACAUGUCACAGAUAAUGAAGCUUCUUAGGUACGAAUAG